AUGGAAGAUAAGGCUGCAGAUACGAUGUUGACAGUAGCUGAUAAGGCUCCGGUUACCUCCGAGAGAAAGAUUCGGUCAGACCUCGACAACAACCUCCCUAAGCCAUACAUGGCAAGAGCAGUGACUGCCCCAGAUACUGAUCAUCCGAAUGGAACAUCGGGACACAAACAUAACAAUAUGUCUGUUCUUCAGCAACACGUAGCGUUCUUUGACCAAGAUAACAACGGGAUCAUCUUUCCUUGGGAGACUUUUAAAGGGUGUCGAGACCUUGGAUUCAAUGCGUUCGCUUCAUUUUUAUUCAUGGUAUUAAUCCAUAUGGCUCUGAGUUACGUCACUUUGCCUACUUGGUUGCCAUCACCUUUCUUCCCCAUUUACAUAGAAAACAUACACAGGGCGAAGCAUGGAAGUGAUUCCGCGACUUACGACACAGAAGGAAGGUUUAUUCCAGCCAAUCUUGAGAACAUUUUCAGCAAAUACGCUCGGACAGUUCCUAAUAAACUCACAUUCAAGGAGCUUUGGCAUAUGACUGAUGCCACUCGCAACGCCUUUGAUUUCUUUGGCUGGACUGCAAGCAAGUUGGAAUGGGGAGCUCUUUAUGUGCUUGCAAAGGACUCAGAUGGCUUCCUAUCAAAAGAUUCAGUAAGACGUUGCUUCGAUGGAAGUUUGUUCGAGCAUUGUGCCAAGAAGCAAAAGGGCGAUCCAAGUAAGAUGGGAUGA